AUGGAGCGUGUUGUACCAAGAGCGGAGCACGUUAUGCGUCGACCGGGUUGCUCGACUUGUUGGGCGAGUAAUUUUUGGAAGCCGUUGGAACAGCGUAGUUACGAAACGGUUCGAUCGGAAGUGUCGACUGGGCGAUCGGUAUUUCGUUACAGGCUGGGCAAGUUUGUGGAUCGUCUGGACUACGCGGCAGCGCAGUGUGGUUUCGAGCCGAGUGAGUGGUCGAUGGCGGGCACGGUGCCGGUGUAUGUGCCGACGUUGCCUGUGGUCUCGCCAUUUGCCCAUUGCGUCCCGACAACGCCUCCAUUGCGGCGGGCCAGGGGCACGGGGCCGCUGUUGCCCGCUCCUGUUGUAGUAGACUCGUCCACGAAGCCGGUAGUAGAAUCUGAAGAUGCGUUCGGUGCGUACCGGGUGUUGCACAGUUCGUUGUUACAGGAGGAGUGGAAGGCAAUGCGGUCGGCACGGAGCGUCGACUUUUGCAAGUGUGCGUUGGCGUACAUUGAGCUAGGUGCAAUCACGUGUCUCUACUUCGACGUGCCAUACGGAUCGGUGGACCGAGCACUGGUGCGAGAACUGGCCGCGGUCCUCAAGGUCACGACGGCGUCCUGGAAACUACGUUGGUGGAUUACAGGGUGUUUGUUACAACACGCGCGUGUGCCAGUGGACAGACUGGCGAAGUUUUGUGCGCUUCAACUGCGCUUCAAUGCAACCACUAGACACCCGAACGCGCUCGAAUGUUUGGCCAAACGACCGCUGCAGGCCAACUCACACGGUGCACGCCCCUUCAUGGAUGGCGCUGGCCGCUACGCCGCACUACGCCGAAAACUCCACAACCUACGGGCCAUCUCACUCGCGGAGUUCCGAGACUUCGAUCAAGACAUACUAGACGCACAAGCCGGCAAGGGCCCCCUCAUUCUCGAACUACGCUGGGCCCCAGAGUUCUGGCGCCCACUCAACCGACACGACUUCGACCUGCUUGCACCCAUCGCCGGUGAAUCACCCGCCCUCAGACGACGCCACUGGAAAACCCUCCUCCCAAGAUUACACCCACACCUCCUAGAUUGGAGUCGAUGCCCAGCCGACGCCGCACGAGGGACCACCGCCAAAGCCGAACGAGUCCUCUCUGGCACCCACUAUAUACCCGGACUGAGUAAACUCACCGCACUCGGUUCUAACCUCUACACCGCUUUCGCAACCGAAACCAAGACCGAAAACGCCAAGAAGACAAGAGACGAGACAGAGGCGGACGCACGGUUUGAGGCAUACCGGGCGUUACUGGACGCGCUGUCGGAGACGCAAUGGAACACGCUGCGCUCAGUGGACCCAAGUUGUUUCACCAAGUGUUCGCUCUCAUAUGUCGAACUCGCGGCAGUGAUAUCGCUCUAUUUCGAAGCGCCGUUUGGACUCGUUGAAGGGAACCUCGGAAAGUGGAUCGACCAGCGCCUCGGCGGCCCUCGUACCAGCCAAAGCCGGCGAUGUCGGAGCCGGCUUUGGGUCGCCGGGUGUUUGUUACAACACACACGUGUACCGCCUCUCGAACUCGCCGCCUUCUGCGCCUAUCGAUUGCACUAUAACCCGCUCUGGACCCGCACCUGGCCGGGACUGCUCGAAUGUGUGAAGAAGACGCAACCUCGCCUCGAAGAGUACUGGCUGCCUGGCGACGACGCCGCUGCCGGAGUCUUCGAACUUCUAAAAAAGAGACUCGCAGACCUACCUACUGUCACCAUCGACGAAUUCGACACCCUCACCCAAGCGACGCUGGACCGCAGACUCAGAGAGACCAUGACCAAGGCAGACGAUCAGACGGCCAGGGGUGAUGGGAACGACAGUUCUGACAAAAUUGAGCUCGCCGCGGAGGGUACGGAGCGCGAGAGUCGCGAGCUUGGACCCAGAGUGUCUACGUGGGAGGCGGAGUGGGUACGCAGUUACUGGACAAAGUUAGACCGGGAGAAGUUUGCCGCGCUGCGGGCAAGAAUAAGUUGGGGUCCACGAGCAGCUCGAUGUCGAUGGGUGGCGCGGCGGUCAGAGUUUGCAGCGUGCGUGGAUCGCAGCUGGACGAUGGCUUACCCGGAUAAGGCGAUGCUGGCACGUCCGCUGUACAUCCCGACGCUGGGCGGCCCUGCGGCGGCGUCGCCUUGGCUGGGAGUGGGACCAACUGAGUACGCGGCGUACGGAGCCGUACACGCGGCACUGCCGGAGCAGGCGUGGGCGCAACUGCGCGCCGUCGAGCUGUGUCACUUUACGCACUGCGCCGUGCCGUACGUCGCGCUCGCCGAGGUCCUUUGCGACGCGCUGUCCGCGCCCUUCGGCCUUCUCGACCGCAGCGCGCAUAUGCAGCCGCCGCUCGACGCAGUAACCCAAUACGCCGACCGCACCAUCUGGGAAACCGCCUGUCUCCUCCAACACGCCCACGCCAGCUUGACCGUCCUUUACGACCUUUGCGCCGAGAUUCUCACCUCGGCACACACACCUGCGACAAAAAACGCGACCCACGACGACGCGACUCACGACGACGCAACUCACGACGACGCGACUCACGCCGACGCGGCCCACGACGACGCCACCUGCGACGACGCCACCCGCGACUGCGCGCCUGACUGCAGCGCGCCCGGCCGCAGCUGUGCAGGCGCCCGCCAACAACUCGUCCGAAAACGGUUCGCGCGGCUAAAGGCCGAUUUAGACUCCACCGAAAUCCUCUCCGUCGCGGAGUUCAACGCCAGACGUGAACCCGAGCGAACCAAGCAACGCGGGACGGGGAAACGCGGGACGGGGAAACGCGGGACGGGGAAACGCGGGACGAAGGUUCGGACUUGCCCUGAGGUCGCUGAACAACGAAUUCCUACAAAUUUAACUGCUACGGUAAGGAGGCAGAGGCGUACCGUGAACGCUAAGAUAGUGGUCGCGAGAAACCUAUUGAACGAGAAAAGGAAAGCUCUAUGGGGCGAGGGCCACAUUCCGGUGGUAGAACACAUUCCGGUGGUGGACCACGAGCCCGUAGUGGACCACGAGCCGUUGUUCAAGAAGCACAAAAUGUCUAGUUACGGAAGUCAGUUGGGUCGCGAUUCGUCGUUCCGAGAGAGCCUGUUGUGGGAGAGUCAGAUUCGGUCGGUUUGGGAGGAGCAUGCACCGGUGAUAUCCCAGUGCUUAGAUCUCCUGUGCAUUGGCCCGCUGAACCUUGCUGACAGGGAAGGAAUCGUGCGGGCGAUUGCAUGA